AGAGGGAAGGAGGAGGGCAUUAAGGAAGAAGGCAGGGAGUAUCAAUGACAUCAACCAGCAGUAUCUGAGGCCGCCCGAUCAGCAAUGCUCUCCCGACAAAAGGGCUGAGGAGCAGCCGUGACCCGCUGCGCUCCGAGAGGUCGGUGGACAGCCAGGACGGUGUGUGGGGGGGGGAAACGCCGGCGAUGUGUGCAUGCACCCUCCACAAAGGAAGACCUUCAUCUGAGUGGAGCUGCCACUGGAUUACAUUUAUCCUUGCUGUUUCUAAGGAAGCUUCCAGCUGCAAAUCCACCCACAUGAAUCUACCAGACAGUAAGGAAGACGGAGCACUUCCUACCGAGAGUGCCUAUCCCUGUUGAGUGAAGCCCUACUCAAAUCUCCGUCAUCUCUAACCAAUCCACGGUGGUGCCAUGCCUCGGCCCACGACUGGUGGAGUCCUGGCCCAGGCCAGAAGGCCAAACCUGGGGCUGUGGAUUAGCCUAUCUCCCCUGUGUCUGCUGUUGCCUUUGAUUAUCCUGCUAACCAGACCUUUGAGCAGCGUGGGUGAAGCACUAGCUCCCCCAAAAUUCACCAAGACUCCCACAGACCAGAUCGGAGUAUCAGGAGGUGUAGCAUCAUUUGUGUGCCAAGCCACAGGCAAUCCCAAGCCCUCUGUCUACUGGAACAAGAAGGGCAAGAAGGUCAACUCCCAGCGUAUCGAGGUGACCAUAGAGUUUGAUGAUGGUGCAGGUGCUGUGCUGAGGAUCCAACCACUUAGAGGUCCCCGAGAUGAGAACACCUACGAGUGUGUGGCACGUAACAGCGUAGACGAGAAGUCUGUCACUGCAAAGCUGUCCAUUAUCAGAGAGGACCUGUUGCCAUUUGGCUUCCCUAGUAUAGACAUGGGCCCUCAGUUGAAAGUGGUGGAGCGGACAAGGACGGCCACCAUGCUGUGCGCUGCCAGUGGCAUCCCGGACCCCGAGAUCUCCUGGUUCAAAGACUUCCUGCCUGUCGACCCCAGCACCAGCCAGGGUCGCAUCAAACAGCUCAGAUCAGGAGCGUUACAGAUUGAGAACAGCGAGGAAACAGACCAAGGGAAGUACGAGUGUGUGGCCACCAACUCCCAAGGCGUGCGCUACUCUUCUCCCGCCAACUUAUACGUGCGAGAGCUUCGAGAAGGAGCGACAGACACAUUGCGCCGCGUGCCCCCUCGUUUCUCCAUCCUCCCUUCCAACCACGAGAUCAUGCCAGGAGGGAGCAUCAACAUCACCUGCGUGGCUGUGGGUUCACCCAUGCCUUAUGUCAAGUGGAUGCUGGGUAACGAGGACCUGACUCCCGAGGAUGAAAUGCCGAUUGGACGGAACGUGCUGGAGCUCAAUAGUGUCCGCGAGUCUGCAAACUACACCUGUGUGGCAAUGAGUAGCCUGGGUAUCAUUGAGGCCAGCGCUCAGGUCUUAGUGAAGACUUUACCAAAGCCUCCCGGCACGCCCAUUGUCACCGAGACCACAGCCACCAGUGUGACCAUCACAUGGGACUCUGGCAACCCCGACCCCGUCUCCUACUACAUCAUUCAGUACCGAGCCAAAGGGCCCGACAGCAAGUAUGAGACAGUGGACAGCAUCACCACCACCCGCUACAGCAUCGGGGGGCUCUACCCCAACACAGAGUACGAAAUCAGAGUUUCAGCCUAUAAUACCAUCGGCCAGGGGCCCCCGUCCGCUCGCGUGGAGGCUCGUACGGGAGAGCAAGCCCCCGCCAGCCCGCCGCGAAACGUCCAAGCUCACAUUAUCUCUGAGAACACUGUGAUGGUCCGCUGGGAAGAACCGGAAGAGCCCAAUGGACAGGUGAAAGGCUAUCGUGUGUACUACACCAUGGAUCCGUCCCGGCCUAUAAACGAGUGGCAGAUUCAUAACGUCCAGGAUAGUGUGCUCACUACCAUUCAGAACCUGGUAACCUCAGAGACCUACACCAUCCAGGUCCUCGCCUUCACCUCCGUUGGGGACGGACCCUUCUCAGACCCCGUCCACGUUAAAGUCUUGCGUGGAGUCCCUGGCCAGCCAAGCAAGUUUAAAGUGGGUAAAGUGACAGACACGAGCAUAGAGCUGACCUGGGAGCCUGUCCACAACAAAGAGAAAAUCGUCAACUAUGAGCUCCUCUACAAACCUGUCAAGUUUGGCAGCUUGGAGAAGCUGACCUUCGGGCCCAGGAAUUCUUACACUGUGGAGGGUCUCAAAGCGAACACCGAGUACUCCUUCUCCCUGGCUGCCAUCUCAAGCAAAGGCAUCGGCGCUUUCACUAACGAACUGGUGCAGAGGACAUCACAAGCCAAGCCCUCAGCCGCACCAGAGGGUGUGUCCUGCGAGAGUGCCAGCUCCACCUCGCUGAGAGUAAGUUGGGGGCCUCCUCCAAUGGAGGGCCAGAAUGGCGAGUUGGCAGGUUAUGAGCUGAGAUACCAGAAAGUUUCUGGGGCAGGAGGUGGAGGUCUGGGUCCGGAGGUGAAAGACCUUCCUAUCCCGGCCCAGCAGGGGCAGACAGUGGUAGAGGGGCUGGAGAAAUGGAGUUGGUACAACAUCACUAUUGCAGCCUCCACCGCAGAGGGGACUGGACCCAGCAGCCCUGCUGUGCUCUGCAGAACAGACGAGGACGUUCCCGGCGCAGCCCCUCGUCAGGUGGAUGUCCAGCCGCUGAACUCCUCGGCUCUCCGAGUCACGUGGCGCCCAGUGUUGCCACGGUUACGGCAAGGCCAGAUCCGUGGCUACCAGGUGCAUUUCAGCCAGGCAGAGAGCGGUGAAUCACGCAACCUUCCCCGGAUCAAAGACCUCUUAUUGGACGAGUCUCAGAUGGAGGAGGAUGACGCGACUCAAUAUGAGCUGAUUUUAGGAGAUCUGAAAGCAGAGACUUUGUACUCUGUCUCUGUGGCAGCAUACACCACCAAAGGGGAUGGAGCACACAGCAAAGCCAAGCUGGUGCAGACCCCGGGGAUUGUGCCUGGUCCCCCCUCCCUUUGGGUGCGUCUGGGAUCGAGCCCGUCAGUUGUGGUGCGGUGGGCUCCUCCGCUGGAAUGCUCUGAUAGCCGGGGGGCCCCGGUGGAAAUCCAGGGCUACCGCCUACAGUUUGGCCUGAAGAAUAGCUCUUUAGACACCACGGUGGAUUUCACAAAUCGUGUGAGAAACUUCACUGCGAGAGACCUCUCCCCAGGCUCCUCCUACAUCUUUGUGCUCGCCGCAAAGAGCCGAGCAGGCUAUGGAGAUGUAGUCCAGCAGGAAAUAACAGUCCCUAUUUUUCCUCCCGUGGGAUACCCCAAAAUAUCUGACUUUGUUAAUGUCACUUGCUGCUCCCUGCAGUUGUCCUGGCUGCCCCCAACCCCAGAGGAGAGCAACGGUGUGAUUACAGAGUACACUCUAGCCUACAAAGAGGCUGCACACACCCAACCCUCUGCUGACCCUGGCCCCUCCGCUUUUCCAACCCCCUUUGCUCGUCCACGGCUGAUAGCGCUACCAGCAAGUGAGUCGAGCUACACCAUCCUGGGCCUCAAUCACAGCAAAGCUUACGAGGUGCAGCUCAGAGCCCACAACAAGGCAGGGCCGGGCCCCUUCAGCCCACUACUGGUGCGCCUCACCCUGUCCUUGGAAACAGAUGUGCCGAGGAAUUUUUCGGUCAAUCUGGCCACUGAGACCAGCGUUCUUCUUACCUGGGAGUUUCCAGAGACUAGCAACCCCUAUCGCUUUACUGUUGAAUAUAACCGUCAGAAAAUGGAGGUGGACGCUCGCUUGAGAAAGGCAGUCAUCCCAAACCUUCAGCCUAACACGAGCUACGACUUUAAAAUCACUGCUCCUGAGGGGAACCCUGGAGGCCUUCGCCAUCGCAUCUCUGCUAAGACAUCCCCAACGAUCACCAUCCGCCGCCCUGAGAUCGACCGCACUCGUGACUCCGAGACCACCGUGACGCUUAUCUUGCCAUCACUGGAGAAUCGCAGUCCCAUCAAGAAUAUUUAUGUUGUUGUGGUUCCGCUGCGAAGGCCCCGCGGCGUCAUCAGACACCUCAAGAGUCCAGACGAAAUGGACCUAGAGGAGCUGUUAAAAGACAUCAGUCAAAGGCAGAAGGAUACUCGACAGCAGAAGCAGGUGGACUUGCGCCGGGCUUACAUCACAGCCCGUUUCACACCUGCCAUCCUGCCGGCUUUCUUCACCCUGGGGGACCAGCUGGACUAUGGCGGCUUUGAGAACCGAGCUCUAGAGCCAGGGCAGGAGUACGUCUUCUUCAUUCUGGCUGAGCUGAACUCCACAUCCGGGAAGAUGUACGUGGCCAGCCCGUACACAGACCGCGUGAUUGCCCCGGACUCAGACCCGCAGCCAUUCGAUGCAGGUGACGGUCUGAUCUGGGUGGUUGGACCAGUCCUGGCUGUAGUCUUCAUCAUCUGCAUCGUUAUCGCCAUCCUCCUGUACAAAAACAGCAAACCUGACAGCAGUAAGCGCAAAGACUCUGAACCUGGAACCAAGAGCCUUUUGAGCAACGCCGAGAUGAUGGCCCAUCACCCGACCGAUCCCGUGGAGAUGAGACGCAUCAACUUCCAGACUCCCGGAAUGAUGAGCCAUCCUCCCAUCCCCAUCAGCGAGCUGGCUGAGCACAUAGAGCUGCUGAAAGCCAACGACAACCUGAGACUCUCCCAGGAGUACGAGUCAAUCGACCCGAGUCAGCAGUUCACCUGGGAACACUCCAAUCUGGAAGUUAACAAGCCCAAAAACCGCUACGCCAACGUCAUAGCGUACGACCACACCAGAGUCAUCCUGUCUCCCAUAGAUGGUAUCCUGGGGAGCGACUACAUCAACGCCAACUACAUUGAUGGCUACAGGAAGCAGAAUGCCUACAUCGCGACGCAGGGGCCGCUGCCAGAGACGUUCGGGGACUUUUGGAGGAUGGUGUGGGAGCAACGGGCUGCUUCUGUCGUCAUGAUGACACGCCUGGAGGAGAAGUCACGGAUCAAGUGCGAUCAGUACUGGCCGAGUCGUGGCACGGAGACAUACGGGAUGAUCCAGGCCACGCUGCUGGACACAAUGGAGCUGGCCACUUUCUGUGUUCGCACCUUCUCCCUGCAUAAGAGUGGAAGCAGCGAAAGGCGAGAGGUGCGUCAGUUCCAGUUCACAGCCUGGCCCGAUCACGGCGUGCCAGAGUAUCCCACCCCCUUCCUCAACUUCCUACGCAGAGUCAAAGCCUGCAACCCCCCUGAUGCUGGACCUAUCAUUGCUCACUGCAGUGCCGGUGUUGGUCGCACUGGCUGUUUCAUUGUCAUCGACGCCAUGCUAGAGCGCAUCCGACACGAGCGCACUGUGGACAUCUACGGUCACGUGACCCUGAUGCGCUCACAGAGGAACUACAUGGUGCAAACGGAGGACCAGUACAGCUUCAUCCACGAGGCCCUUCUGGAGGCUGUGGCAUGCGGAAACACUGAAGUGGCUGCCAGGAGUCUCUACUCCUACAUGCAGAAGCUGUCCAAGGUGGAGAGCGGAGAGCAUGUGAUUGGCAUGGAGCUGGAGUUUAAGCGCCUGGCUAACACCAAAGCCCACACGUCCAGGUUCGUCACAGCCAACCUGCCUUGCAACAAAUUCAAGAACCGACUAGUUAACAUCAUGCCCUAUGAAACCACUCGCGUGUGCCUCCAGCCCAUCAGAGGACUGGAGGGGUCCGACUACAUCAACGCCAGCUACAUAGACGGUUACAGGCAGCAGAGAGGCUACAUUGCCACCCAGGGUCCACUGGCUGAGACUACAGAGGACUUCUGGAGAAUGCUGUGGGAACACAACUCCACUAUAGUAGUUAUGCUCACUAAGCUGAGAGAAAUGGGACGGGAGAAGUGUCACCAGUACUGGCCCGCUGAGCGCUCAGCAAGGUAUCAGUACUUUGUGGUGGACCCCAUGGCGGAGUACAACAUGCCUCAGUACAUCCUCCGAGAGUUCAAAGUUACAGAUGCCAGGGACGGCCAGUCACGAACAGUGCGUCAGUUCCAGUUCACUGAUUGGCCAGAGCAAGGUGUGCCCAAAUCUGGGGAGGGCUUCAUCGAUUUCAUUGGCCAAGUGCACAAAACCAAGGAGCAGUUUGGCCAGGAUGGACCAAUCUGCGUUCACUGCAGUGCCGGCGUGGGGCGGACAGGUGUCUUUAUCACUCUGAGCAUUGUCUUGGAGCGGAUGCGUUACGAAGGGGCGGUAGACAUCUUCCAAACUGUCAAAAUGCUGCGGACACAGAGACCAGCCAUGGUGCAGACUGAGGACGAGUACCAGUUCUGCUACCAGGCUGCUCUCGAGUACCUGGGUAGCUUUGACCACUAUGCAACGUAAGAGAACAGACAACCAUCCAUCCAUCUUUCUGCUUUGAGGUCCACAAACAAAACCAACCGAGUGAGCCAACAGAAAGACGGCGUGAGAUAAACGUGAACAUUGAACCUUUUCCGGGAGCGAGAUUCAAAUUCUGCACCAACGAGGACAAAAAGCAACAAAAACAGCAACAAGAAAAUCUCUGUCUAACAGCGUCUCAGCAGGAGUUUCCCUGAGGAGCUGCUGGGUGUGGAGACUAUCCAUGUGUAAUCCAUAUACUUACCUCAGUGUUCCAGUGUGAAGGACGUAUAAUACAUGUGUGUUGUGGUCAGCUAUCUCCAAUAUGAACCAGUGAAAUACAAAUGGCUUCUGAACAGGAAUUAUGAUACUCUAUGUGUAUAAAACAAACAAACAAACAAAAAAAGAUUUUAAAAAAACUAAACAAAAAAAACACAAGAGCCUGGAUAUUUGCUGCACCCUAAAUGGGCUUUUUAUCCUCAACUUUGUAUCUAUUGGUUUGAUGUACUAAAGGGGUUACAAAGUGCAAAGGUGAACGUUUCUAUGUGUCUGUGAGUCUAUUUCUAAGGUGUCUACUGCUACCAUCAGUAGUCCUGCCUGUAGUUUGACUAGGUCGUGGCUCAGCAGAAGCCUUCAGUAUGGACUCACCACCCCGAGGACUGUUGGAGAAGCAUGUGGAUGAUCAUUUACCUGAUGCACAGUGCCAAGAGAAACCAUGCAGCGUGAACAUAAACUGUGGCCUAAAAGGAGAGGUGACUCCUUCUUUCAUCCAGCAUAACAUAAUCAGACUAGAGACCGCUCCUUAAAAAAAAACACAACACAAUAACAAGGAUGAGUUGGCAGCCCCAAACAGCUGACCUCGAAACAGCGAUUAAAACCUACUGCUUUCUUCACUCAACAAAGCUUGCUCGCUAUUUGCUGUAGUCCUUGUUCAUCUUCCAGCUCGGCUCCUCUUGAUGUCAGUCCUAUCGGUUCAGUUCAGCAGUGGCUUACUGAAGAGAGGCUUAAUGAAAGAAAGAACUGAGCUCCAGUCAGUGUCUUUCUCUCUCUUGAGUUCAGAGAGCCAUCUUUCUGUAGAUUUUUCUGUUUUCACUGUAUGUCUUUGCCUUACGUUGACUUUAUUUUUUUUUCUUGCGUCCUUCACAUGCUGCUUCAUGCUCGCGCAAACCGUGUUAAAGCUUUUAUUGCCGUGCAUUGUCUUCACUCGAGGAUGAAAAUUUUUUGUUUGGUUGGUUUUGUCCCGAUCAUCUUCCUCCACUGAAGUUCUCCUACUUGAAUUUUGCCGCUUCUGCAGUUGAACCCUUGUGUUAAUUGCUUUUCCUUGCUAAGGCUACCGUCAGUGAACGAUUACAGGAAAAAAUUCAAAUUACAUUCAAAGCUAGUAGUGAACCGCUCACUUUCAACAGUCCUCUGCCUCUAUCCCAUCCUCCUGUUAACCCUAUUAAAAGUUUCUCUUUUCCUUAAACCCUUGUUGUACAGAACAUGCUCAGCUUUACCGACUGAUAGAUCCCCGCCCUCCCCUUCCAAUUAAGUAUGACUGCACAACUCCUCGAUAUGGUUGUUUAUCUUUUUCUGAAUUUGAAAUGUAGUCAUGAUUGGUCCCACGUGGUGAUUAAACAGCACAGCGAUGUUCCAAUAUAGCAGACAUCUCGACCGAAAUCACCGAUUGUGUACAUACAGUCUAUCAUUGGAGUCCUAUACAGUACAGUUGCAUAACGUCUGAGCACAAAAUAUAACGUGGGAUUGGAUGUGAUGUAGUACUUAUUGUCGCGAAAAAAGAAAAAAAAAAGAAAAAAGCCUUAUUGUUAUUGUUCACUUCGUCAUAUUUAUUUCGUAUGAUUUUUUUUAAAGGAUAUUUAUUAUGACUGUUUUGUUAUUUUUUAAGUUUGUUUUUAUUUAUUUGGGAUUUCUAGCAGUUCUAUCCAAUAAGACGAUGUUUAUUUGCUUCUUUGGCGAGCCAUUGUUAAAGUAUGAUAUUGUCACUUUUUUAAUUUUGUCUUUAACCGUCCAUUUUGGUGCUUUUUUUUUCUCCUUUUUUUUAAAAGAAAAUUGCUUUAUUGUUAUAACGUAUGCCCUCAGUGUAGGGUGCUAUUUGAUACUGAUUACUGAUGUCCAACUAGUCAGCUAGAGAUGUACGUACAAUAGAGGCAGGACUAGCUUCAGUUUACAGAGAUGCCCUUUCGAUGCUCUCCCUCGUUCAACCUCCAUAGCUGGAGGUACGUUUCACCCCACCGUGAUAGGUGUAAGGGCAUCAGAGAAAUUAGAUAUAUAGAGCAGACUACAGGGCAGAUCGGUGAAGACCUCCUGGCAAGCUGUUGGUGUUUAGUUUGCUUGAAAGCACAUGGUAGCAAGUGUAUUUUUGACAGAGAAUGGAUAAGAAUUGCCUAGCUACACACUUUACACACCCUGAAAAGUUAUUGUUUGAACCUGAAAUUAUUCUCAUAUGAACUCUAUGUGUGGUCCAUAAGUCUUGACAAUGUUUGACAUAUAUGAAAUAUGUUAUUCCUUCGAUUUCUAAUGAUUAUUGUGUCAAGAGAAAUAUAAAAGGCACACGCGAAACAUUAUAUGAAAUGUGUUGAGGGAAAAGCUCUGGUGAUGCCAUACCCCUCACUUAUGUACCUGUUCUUUCCUUUCGAACCAUAGAUGUAGAUAUUGUAUCUCGACUUUGUAUUAAAAGCAGGAUGAUUGGAUAUACAGCA